CGUUUCAUUUCGUUGUAAUUUGGAGGGACGUUAGAGGGAGGCAAGGACUCCGAUCGGCGAGCAUUCCUAAAACAUUUCGCUUUCUGAAUGCGAUUGGCGAUGGUGAGGUUUUUUCUCAUCUCUACGCGAUUUCCACGAUGCGAUCGGAUUGUUUUCGAGAAGCUUUCAUCUUCUUCCGCUCGUAGCUGUGGUUUCGCUUCAGAUCGUUGAAGAUUUCUUGGUUUUUUUCCAGAUCUGUCGAGUAAUGGAAUUCCAGAUCGUGUUUUAGCUGGUUUUUUCUUAUCAGCUAGUGGAAAUUGGCAGAUUUCCCGUUGGAUUCUGACGCCGUUGCCGCGUUUCAGGCGGACUUAAGGGGAAUCAAAAGCAUGUGCGGUGGUCCAGAUCAAGUAAAACAGUCGUCACAAUCUACUUCAUCUAAAGAAACCAAAACCCCAGCCAUAGACAUGAACCAUCUUUCCAUUGAAACCGAAGACUCUUUCUCCAGCCUUCUUGAGCUUGCUGCUAACAACGAUCUCGAUGGUUUUAAGCGCUCGAUCGAACGGGACCCUUCAGCAUUCGACGAGGUCGGCCGCUGGUAUGGCCGCCAGAAAGGUUCGAAGCAGAUGGUCCUCGAGCAGCGGACGCCGUUGAUGGUGGCCGCAACAUACGGAAGCGUCGAUGUCCUCAAGCUCAUUCUUUCCAUCUCCGACGCUGAUGUUAACCGAUCCUGCGGCCCAGAUAAGAGCACUGCUCUCCAUUGCGCCGCGUCUGGCGGAUCCGUUGACGCCGUUGAUGCUGUGAAGCUGCUUCUGCGAGCAGGCGCUGACCGGAAUUUGGUUGAUGCGGACGGCCGUCGCCCUUUUGAUGUCAUUGUAGUUUCACCCAAGCUGCCAAACGUGAAGGCUGCCCUUGAAGAGCUUCUCAUCUACAACAGUUCCCCCUCUUCUUUGGGCGCCUGCAAUCUUCGCGUCUCUACUACCACAUCAAAUUCCGUUUCACCACCGCUCUCGUCGUCGCCUGACGAUGGAUCUCCAUCGUCGGCAUCCGACUCAACAUCGUCUCCGAUGAUGGCGAAAUUCCAUGACCUGCCUCCAGUUUCUGUGUCAGAGAAGAAAGAAUACCCAGUUGAUCCAUCCCUGCCCGACAUCAAGAACAGCAUCUAUGCCACCGAUGAUUUUCGGAUGUUCUCAUUCAAGGUCCGACCUUGCUCGAGGGCCUACUCGCACGACUGGACGGAGUGCCCAUUUGUCCAUCCCGGCGAGAACGCCAGGCGAAGAGACCCCAGAAAAUUUCACUACAGCUGCGUGCCAUGCCCCGAUUUUAGGAAGGGCGCAUGCCGGAGGGGUGAUCUGUGUGAGUAUGCACAUGGUGUGUUUGAGUGCUGGCUCCACCCAGCUCAAUACCGGACAAGGCUCUGCAAGGAUGGCACGAGCUGUAUGCGGAGGGUCUGUUUCUUUGCGCACACGUCCGAUGAGCUGAGGCCGCUCUAUGUUUCCACGGGCUCUGCGGUCCCCUCUCCUCGCUCAGCUGCAUCUGCAGCCACUGCCAUGGAGAUGGCAGCGGCCAUGAGUCUCCUACCAGGCUCCCCAUCUUCUGUCUCUGUCAUGUCUCCUACCCCUUUCACUCCACCCAUGUCACCCUCGGCAAAUGGAAUUUCUCAUUCUUCAAUGGCAUGGCCACAGCCGAGCGUCCCUACGCUGCAUCUCCCUGGCAGCAAUCUCCAAUCCAGUCGCCUGAGAUCCUCUCUCAGCGCAAGGGAUAUACCUGCUGAUGAUUUCUCCAUGUUGCCUGAUUUUGACGCCCAGCAGCUUCUAAAUGAUUUCUCUUGCUUCUCCCCGCAAGCCCGAAUGAAUUCGGCCACCGGGAGCCGCCCAGUGCGGUCCAAGACAUUAACCCCAUCCAACCUCGAUGACCUUUUCACUGCUGAAAUUUCGUCAUCGCCCCGCUAUUCAGAUCAAGUGGCUGGUGCCAUCUUCUCCCCAUCUCACAAGUCAGCGGUUCUGAAUCAAUUCCAGCAGCAGCAGCAGAGCAUGCUAUCUCCCAUUAACACUAAUGUUUUCUCCCCCAAAACUGUUGAUCAGCAGCUCUCUGGCCACUCGCUCUUGCAAGCCUCAUUUGGCCUCUCAUCACCAGGGCGGAUGUCGCCCCGGAGCAUGGAGCCUCUCUCUCCAAUGAGCUCCCGCUUAGCUGCGUUUGCCCAGCGUGAAAAGCAGCAGCAGCAGCUCCGCAGCCUUAGCUCGCGUGACCUAGGUUCAGGCACGGCUGGCAUGGCUGGGUCCCCUUCGUGGUCGAAAUGGGGUUCGCCAACUGGGAAACUGGACUGGGGUGUCCAGGGCGACGAGCUGGGCCGUCUCAGGAGAACCUCAUCAUUCGAGCUUGGUGCUGGUGGAGAGGAGCCAGAUGUGUCAUGGGUACAGUCGUUGGUGAAGGAAUCACCACCCGAGACCAAGGACAAGAGCACAGCCAUGCCAACAACAGUUGCGGGCCCGAUCACCACUUCCGGUGAGGGAUCUAAUUCCAAUUCUCAGCUGGAGGCCAUUGAUCACACGGUUUUGGGAGCAUGGCUUGAGCAGAUGCAGCUUGAUCAGCUGGUUGCUUAGUAAAAUUUCAAUUUUUACUGAGCGUCCGAGGUAGUUGAGAAAAAAAGAGAGGAUAUUUUAGUAAAUAAUAUAAUUCAUAUAUUUUUUAAGAGGGUGAAGGAAGAAGAAGGUAAGAAACAGUAAAAGAAGGGAAGGGUAAAAAGGGAAAUUUCUGAUUCAUUUUCAAAAUUCGUUAUUACAUCAGGACAGCUAAACGGGGAAAAGCCUGGCUAAUAUAUGCCAGGAAUUCUCCUAAUAUUUCUGAUUAGGUCUUCAUUUUCCUUUUCUUUUUUACGCUCUUUAUUUCUCAUCGAGAGCUUUAUCUGUUUUCAUUGAAAUGAAACCAGAUCUCCCCUCUCUCUCUCUCUCUCUCUCUCCAUCUCUCUUCCAAAGUUGGAAUUUUAUUUAUAUUUGUGAUGAAAUUCAGGAAUUUGGUGACGGAAAAAAAAAAGAAAUCAAGGGUAGAAGAGGUAAUAUUCUCUGUUUGAAGGGUUUUCUGUUUUGUCCAGGUCAAUGACGAAGAUGGCAUGAGAGAGAGAGAGAGAGAGAGAGAGAGAGAGAGAGAGAGUGUGGGGUGGGUUUGGGAGGGUGGGUGUUGUUGAUGUAUCUCAUUUUGAGUUGAAUUCUUGUUGUUUAAUGCUGCUGGCAUUUUCGAAUUGGUUGGAGGUGGUCCAAAAAGAAACAUGGCGGAUUAUGGUCCCUUGUGAUGUAAGAACGGCUUAAAAUGUUUACUAUUUUAUUUCGAUUCCUUCAUUAUUAUUUUUUUAAA